AUGGAUAUUGAUAACUGCUAGUUUUUAAAUGGGAUUUCUAAUUUAGGGGGCGCCUUAUAUAUUUCAGGAGAUAGUAUCAUUAGAAUUUCAAGGUCAUCAUUUAUAAAUAAUCAAGCUAAUUCCAAAGGUGGGGCAAUAUAUACUUCUGGCUUCUAAAGUAUCUAUAUAGGAGAAGGAACAUAAUUUAUAGAUAACUCAGCAGUUGAAAUUGGAGAAGAUUUCUACAUCACAAACUCCAAAAAUAUUUUGACAUUAAAUAAUAACUGCACUGCUCAAAUUGGUGGAGCAAUUUAUUCUGAAAAUGCACAAUCAGUUAAGAUUAUUAAUUCUACGUUUUCUCAAAAUAAGGCUUUAAUUGGACAAAAUAGUCUCCAUAAAAUAGCAAAUUAAGGGGCAGGAGGAGCAAUAUACUAUACAUGCAACAGCUAAGAGCUAAAUUGCAAAAUGAAAUUUGAAGGCUUCAAUAUCUUUAAGGACAAUUUGGCUGAAGUAAAAGGUGGAGCUCUAUUUUGGGACUAACUUGAGCCAGAAUUCAGUAGAAAUGACAUGUUUUUCUCGAAUAACAUAGCUUAGCUAUAUGGAAAUGAUAUAGCUUGCUAUUCAUAGAAUUUAUAAACUAUUAGCCUGUAGGAAUAUUAAAAUCAAUUGAUUGAAAUUGGAUUGUACUCCAAUUAAGAUUUUCAGUCUAGAAUUUUGGAAUUUUAAAAUAAAGUCAUUUCUCAUAGAUUCCUUGAAGAAAUUAAUUUUCAUAGAAGCGGGGACAAAAUACCUAUUAUGUUUUUAGCUCUGAUAGACAAAUAUGGGCAAAUUGUUGGCUCUGACUUUUAAAGCAAAAUUAGAAUAAUUAUUGAGACAACUAAUUUGGAUGAAUAACAGAGUUUAUAUUAUCCAAUCCUUGAAGGUAUUAUAACUUAUGAUAUGAUAGGGGGUGUUUCAGUUAUACAGAACAUAUAGAUAUCGGUUAAAAAUAACCAGGCAGUUGUCAAGUCUGUCCAACUGAAAAAGCAAUAUGUUAUGGAGGAUCUAAAAUUGGGCCUCUACCAGGAUUUUGGAGAAGUAGCAAUAAAUCUGUAAAUUUCUUGUUAUGUUUAUUUGAAUACGCCUGCUUGGGAAUGA